AAAAGUUAUCCACUUGACUCACUCACUCUCUCUCGGAGAAAUCCAGACGUAUUUCUGGUCUGUUUUAUUGUCCACCAUAUCCACAGGACAGAAGCCACAAAAAAAAAACAUGGCGCCUGUGCAGCAGAGCAGCUAUGGCUCCAAUUUUAGAGACCUGGAGCUCAUCAUGGACAACAAUGUCCGCAGAGUCUUCUCCCCUAACCAGCCACAACGUCAACGCUUAUGCACUCUUCCUGCACCAGCACAGAAAGAAAGAGAAAUUGAAAGAGAAACAACCUCAUUGAUUGAUGAAUCUUCUCAGCCCAGACCCCUUCCAAACCCCAUUGCAAAUGCCGCAUCCAUUUCCCUAGCCCUCGGCAACAUGGUGAACUCCAGCGUUUUCUCCACCAAAAGCGGCCGCCAUUCACAGCUCCGCCUGAAACCCUCCGGCACCAGCGUCUCCGCCGCCAGGCUGAAGCCACUGCCGACGAGACCCGUAACACUCCCCAAGCAGCCGCAAGAUUUCGUCCCAUCGCAGCUCAGCUCCGACAUGCCGCUCUUGACCCCCGCCGCUCCGGCGCCAAAGCACUCCGCCAAAUCUGGCACCUCUUCCUUCCCGGACUACCUCCGCCUCCGCCAGAAUUCCCCAGGCCCUAACGAUCCCUCCAACGGUGCGGCCGCGCGCAAGGCUGUUGUCGCGUGGUUCAGAAACGACCUCCGCCUGCACGACAAUGAAAUCCUAAACGCUGCCAACAAUCAGUCAAGCAGCGUGCUUCCUGUCUACUGCUUCGAUCCCCGCGACUAUGGGAAGUCUUCCUCUGGUUUCGACAAAACCGGGCCCUACAGAGCAACAUUUUUGCUCGAAUGUGUUGCCAAUUUGAGGGCAAAUUUACGGGAAAGAGGCUCGGAUUUAGUCGUUAGAGUAGGAAAGCCCGAGGAGGUUUUGGUUGAGCUGGCGAAGAGCGUGGGGGCGGAUGCGGUGUAUGCACACCAGGAAGUUUCCCAUGAUGAAAUCAAGGCGGAGAAUAAGAUUACGGCGGCGUUGAAAGAGGAAGGGGUGGAGGCCAAGUUCUUUUGGGGAAGUACAUUGUAUCACUUGGAGGAUUUGCCUUUUAAAUUGGAUGACAUGCCUUCCAAUUAUGGGACUUUCAGAGAUAAAGUGCAAAGCUUGUCGGUGAGACAGGUUUUGGAGCCCCCUAAAAGGCUGAAAGGGUUGCCAGUGCGGGGGAGUGUGGAGCCCGGUGAGAUUCCGACUUUGUUGGAUUUGGGCUUGAGUCCGCAGAAUGCUAAAUCCCAGAGUGGCAAAUCUACCGCAAAUGCAUCACUUGUUGGAGGUGAAACAGAAGCCUUGCAGAGGCUAAAAAUGUUUGCCACGGAGUAUAGAGGGCAGCCUCAGAAAGUUGGCAAGGAUGGCUCUGGAGAUAGUCUUUAUGGUGCUAACUUUUCAUGUAAAAUCUCACCCUGGUUGGCAAUGGGUUGUCUUUCACCACGUUACAUGUUUGAGGAGCUAAAGAAAAACAAGAACAGUUCUAUUUCAUCAUCUCUUGGAAAAGCUUCUGGUUCUGAUGGUGGCUUAAAUUGGCUUACCUUUGAACUUUUAUGGAGGGACUUCUUUAGAUUCAUUACUAAGAAGUACAGCUCGGCUAAGAAAAGUCAAACUGCUUCUCCAGCCAUAACUUGUGCAGGCCCUGUUGCAGCGUAGUGGUAUUCAGCAAACAAUAAAUUUCAAACAAACACUUCUGAUGAGCCAGGCAGCUUUCAAAGUUCCAUGUAGAGUUUAUCCGUGGGUUGUGUUUGAUUGUUUGUGUAAUAACGGCUUCCUGGGAAUGUAAGAUUUUGAAUAUCAGUUGAACAUUAGACAUUGUAAAAGAUAUUAUUGUGCCCUAUAAUACAAUUCAUUGAGCGUGCUAGUAAAAACAUAUCUAUGAUUUACAUUGAAGAGUAUGGCGGAAUGAAUAUAUUGCAAUUACUGCAUUUAAAUUUAUUAGUUA